ACGAGUCUAACGCGGGCUCUGUCGACUGUCACAUUUAUAAUUUUAGGUUAUGUUUAUUUUUAAAGCACGAAGUGUUAAUUGAUAUUAUACUUAGCUUGUUAAGUUUCAUUUAGCAAUUGAAACAGUAAGAAAUAAAAAGAACAAAUAUGGGUGGUAAGAAAAAAAAGCAAAACAAAAAAAAACAAAUUGCACAGGAAGUUGAAAAUAUUACCCAAAUUAAUACUGAAGGGGAACCUAAUGCAAACGAUCAAGAAAAUGAUAACGAAGAUGAGUUAGAAGACGAAAGAGGUACUAAAAGACGGUUCAUCGAUGAUGAUGAUGAUGAUGAUGACAACAAGCCAAAAAAAUCAAAAAAGAAAAAGAAGCAACCAGCUCCUACAGAAUCUACUGAAAAAAAAGGUAAGAAAUCAAUACGUCAAAUGAAGAAAGAAAAACAUGCGCAAAGGCAGGCGGAAGCCCAAUCUGCUGCUAAAGAUCAAUUAAAAUCACAAUGUAUCACUUACCUAUCACAGUGGAAACAUGACAGGGAGAAUUGGAAGUUCAUGAAAGCCAAACAAGUAUGGCUGUACAAAAACAAGUUUUCUUCACAACUUCUCCCAGAUGAAUCCUGGCCAGUUUUAUUGGAGUAUUUUGAAUCAGCUAAAGGCAAUAUAAGAAACAUGCUUCUGACAGAUGCACACAAGAUUAUUAAAGAAAUGGAUGAUUGGACUGCAUCACAAGACAAAGACGGCGACAACGCGGGAGACACUGAUCAAACACCUGAAGUCCGUAAACCUGAUCCUUCAGUGUAUAAUAGAGCAAGAAGUUUAAUACAAUGCUUAGAAGAAUAAAA